UUGUGAAGUUUAUGUCCUUGUACACAUUUUGUAACUAUGAGCAUAUUCUGUUUUCCGCAUUGUUCAGAAAGGGUCAUCCACUUAUUUAAUUCAUAGUUUUAAGCUGGAUGUUAGUUGCAAUGGAUUCAUGUCACUGCAUAACUUCGGUUAUAUAUCUUAAAGAAUCGACUGAAGAACAUAGCAUAGUAACUACUAGAAUAACUAAUUAGGUUUCGUUAUUUGUUGAAGAAGUUAUCCUCCUAGUCGAAAACCAGAACCUGACUAGUUAUUUCAGUAGUUGCUAGAUCAGUCUUCAGAAAUAUCCACCUUAAACUGAAGUUUACUUUGAUUGACUCAUGUGUUUUUGUUGAACUAGAACUAUGUAAGAAAAUAUCAACAUCAUUUAUACAUGAAGAAGCGCAUUGCAGUAGAGAAGAUAAAAUGACGGUAGGAAAUCUUCACAUGGUACCCGAAUCUGUCAGAGAGAGAAAGGAUCUGACGUAAAAUAUAGCAUUGAAGUACACCUUUGUACGUCCCCAUACUUCAUAGCAGCAUUAAAGGAAGGGGUGACAAUAAGAUAACAAAAGUAUAUGAAAAAAGUGAGGAUAGAUAGAGGUGAAUAAAAUCAAUUGUGUUAAAUGAUGGGAGAUUCUUUUCCAUAUAUCAAGAGUAUUUUGGAAUUAGUGAAUAAUCCACUGCAAAGCUUUUUCAAGGCAUCUAAAAAUGUGCGAAUGAUUCAAUAACUGAGGCAAAAGAAGUGAAGUUUUAUAUGCACUACUUACUUCAAAGACUGUAUUUGAUAAUUCUGUUUCUCUGCUGCCUGCCAUUUUCAUGCAAACCUACUACUUCAGUAAGUCUAAUCAAAGUUUUAGAGUUAUUCAAAUGAACAAGCAAGGGAAACAUAUAUAGCGCUGAACGCUACUUAGAACCCAAUGGAGAAGUGUUUACGAAGCCGGCGCCCAUAUGUGACUUUUCAAAAGAAACAACUUUUCUUGUAAAGGAUAGAUGUUUUUUUCAAAACUACUGUGCCACCAAGCAAAGAGUAAUAGAAUUGUCUCUAAUUUAACAGACGAAAUACCAAAACGAAUCAAAGGAAUGCUCAUCUGGUAGUUUUUAUGGGAGGAAUUAAGGCAACCGGAGUACUUGCUUCUUGAGUUCGCUAAGUAAAGACGCAUAAAUCAGGGAAUAAGAAACAUCCAUAUGGUCAUCUUCACCAAUCAGAUAAAGAGUCCGGAUAUAAACGAUAAUGGCUAACCCCAAAAUCGUAUCUUGACUUUGCAAACUAUGAAAAGACUGAUAAGAACCAAUAUAAAUACUAAACUUCAAAAAUUAGACCUGUAUCAAUAAACCAAUCACUAAGGGUGCUAUGAAUCAAACACCCACCUACUAUUCAAUCAGGCAAAAGCUAUCCUUAUAAAUAUUGAUAAAAGGUAUAUAGGAUCCCUUGUGUUGCCACGCAGCAUCGAAGAUGACGCCUAGAUUAACGUCUGAAGUUUUACUCAUGAAAGCUCUAGCUCAUGUACUAAACAGCAGUUAGGAUGUUCAAAAUUUGAGUUGCAAAUAUUUAUCGCUGCUUACAUUUGUUUAAUUAUGUAGAGUUGAAUGUUACAUUCUGCUUUAUUUCGGUUUAAUUCCUUUAAAUCUUGGGUUGUAUCCUUCUCGUCUUAUUGCCAUGUCUGUAUCCCACUCGUCAUAUUUCUUUUCGUUAUCUCUCUCCAUAUAACUUCUCACGAGUUUUCAUAACAUUUUUCUUCUAUAUUUAUCUAUUUUGCAUUUUUCCGCCGCGUGUCUGUUGUACUAAUAUGAAGUGUCACAGCUAGAAGCGUUACGUAGCUAAUUCCAGAUCUGACGAUAUGGCUGACUGACUUACUGUUAUUACUGUUAUGGUUUGGUGACCCGAGAUUUGGUUACUUUCUCCUGGGAAGCUGGGUGUAGCUCAUAAUCUGGUACACAAAUGUGUAAUGCAUUGCUGAGUUUUAUUCUAUAUGCAUUUGUGAAACCAAAUAUUUGUAUCUUAGUCUUGCUCUAAGUUUUCACCAUCUGGAUCAUGCAAGUUGGGAAGAUUUCGUUGGUUGUAUCGGUACUACCGCUGAUUUAGUCGCUAUCUGUAUCCCAGAUUCCAGCGAAAAUGCUCCUAUUCGUGCUAUGUUUAUUGGCAGGCAACGUAUCUGUAUCACUAAAGCAACACGUGACUCAUCAUAUCCUCUCGUAUGUCAUGGCACAAUUUUGCCGGAAGCAUCUUUCAAUCGUGAAAUGGCUAGUCAUCCUUUGGGUUGGGGUUUAGUUCCUCGAUCAUGGGCGCGUUUCGCUCGUGAUCCACAACCAACACGUUCAGCUACAUGCACUUCUGUUGGAUCAGUGCAAGGUUCAUCUUCUGUUCAGCCUACAAAAUCUCCGAGUAAUCGCUCUCCUCAAGAUAGUAUUUCUAAUACUCCAUCAAACCACCUUACAGAAAAAUUAUUUCAUCCACCAGCUGGAAAUCCAUUUUCUAUUUUCGAUUCCCGGUUAAGCACAUGGAGGAAUACCGGACCUGUCAAUUCUGGAAAUAUAUCUUCAUCAGGCUGUUUUACAAGUGCACGAUUUGAUCAUUUUGUUGAUGAUAAUUUGGAGCAAGAAAGUAAUUCGAAGAAAUUAAAGUGUGAUCUUGAUAAGAUUGAUAGUGAGUUCGACUGUGAUGUGAAUUGUGAAUCAACUCAUAGUGAUGGGACACAAUCUAUUAAGUCAGUAACAAAACUUGUUAGAUCCUCCUCACUUUCAGAAGAUAUUGAAUUAAUUAUGGAUCGUGCUGUAGACCGAGUUGGUCGACCUUUUCGCUAUCGUAUCAAACAAUUUUGUGAUCCUCGUCUAUUGGCACGUCGUGAUGUUUUAGCUGCAGUUGCACAAGCUUAUGUUUCUUUACCGGUGUGGGUUUAUCGGCAGUAUGAUUUGGAUUAUUUAGUUUCAGCUAUUCAAGCAGAACUCCAUAACUGGAAUGACACAUGGCAAGUUAAUAACUGGAAUCCUGAAUUAGCCGUUCCUUUCUCUUACUGGUUAAUACAAAAUCUUCCAAUGUCAGGUUCAUUAAAAUCUCAUAUAUUGAGCAUUGAUCAUGUGGUGCAACGUUUACGUGCUCUACUAGAAGUUAUACGCCGUUCAACAGCAUGUGUAUGUGCAUCAUGUGAUGCAAAUAUCACUUCGAAUCAGUACAUCGUUUGUCUCGCUCAAGAGGGAAGUUCGCAAACUUACAUCAAUCCAUCUGGUAUUUUACACGAUAUUAUAACUGUUAGUCAAGUUAUACCGAACUCCAUUAGUCCUGUUGGUGAAGCUUCAUCAGAGUAUUCUUGGUUUCCUGGAUAUUCUUGGACGAUAACCAAUUGCAGUGGAUGCUAUCAGCAUAUAGGAUGGUUAUUUACUGCUUUAAAUGAUCAGCUGCGUCCACGGAGAUUUUGGGGUAUUCGACGUCAAGCAGUUGUACCCGGUUUAAUAAGUGCAUCAGAUUGGCGUCCUUGUAUUUAGUUAAGUAAAUCGCUAAUUUUUUUUCUCUGCUAAAAACAGCGUGAUCAAAAAAAACAAAAUUUCUUUUCAUAUUUUAAACUUUUCACUUACAUUUGCCUAGAACAGAUGUGUUACCUGUGACUCUGUUUUUCAUAUUAUUAAUUAAACUGUUCAUACAUUUUUCAUUUGUUUCUCAUUUUUACAUGGAAGACAUGUAUUGUCACCUCAUCAUCACCAUUCUUAUAAGAUAACACCAAUAGGUGUGAAAUCAACUGUUUUGUUUAACCUAAUAUCUAUGCUCUGAUUAUCGGAUGGUUCUAUGUAACAUUGCUUUUACUGGAUUCAUAGCUUUGAUUAGCUGAUAUCCAUUUGGUUUAAGAUUUAUGAUUCUGUCUUAAAUUCUUAGCCAGUCUUAUGGUAAUCAAUGGACUCAAAAAUUAUGCGUUAAUCUGUUUUUACUAACUUUGUCUUGUUGCACACACAAACAUACACUGAGUUAUUAGUAACAUCAAUCUUUUGUUCUGCUUCAUGUUUUACUUUUCUGUGUAGAGAACAUUAGUCUGUGAUUUGUUAUUCUCGGUGCAGUCGAGAGUGUAUUAACAUGUUGAACUGGAAAAUGACUCAUUAAUGAAUUGGUAGCUACACACAUUUUGUAAUGUGCACUUGCAAUAAGUAGUAUGUAUAUUGUAGUCUGUUUUCUUUUUC